AUGGGCGUUCUGGCCGCGCUGCAGGUUGCUUCCUCAAUCCUUGCCUUCUGUUACGACGUGCGAUCAGGGAUGAAGAAGAUCACUUGGUCGUUGAUACAGAUAAUUGAGGAAGUCCGCGAUGUUCGAAACCUCAUCGAAGCAGUUCAGUCAGUCCUCGAUCAGGGAAACUUAGUUGAAUCCCCAGUGCCGGACCACGGCGAUACUUCACUCGAGCUAUCCGCGAAAAUAAAGCCUGCGCUUGCAACUUGCUUAUCUCAACUCCAGGCCCUCGAAGCUCGAAUUAAGUCCGAGCUGAUUCCCAAUCUAUUAGACUCAAAGACAAAGGCUUUAGUGAACUCGAUAUCGUGGAAGCUAAAGCUCAACGACACGAAAGAGUCCAUUGCCAAUUUGCAGCGCUGCAAAGAAGGCUUGCAACUAGCCAUAACUUCUCACAACGCAGUGACACUGCGCAAUGUUGAGCGACUGACCAUUUCGCUUGACUACAAGAUGAAUGACUCUCGGGAGCAGCUUGAACACGAGCAACAGAAGGCAGUGGUUGACUGGCUUUCUCCCCUGAGACCGGGCCAAGCUCACGAUAGAGCUCUAAAGUCCCACCAAAAUGGGACUUCGGAUUGGCUACUCGCUGGCCAAGAGUUUCAGGAGUGGUUGAAAGGCGACGCCAACUUGCUGUGGCUGACUGGACCCCCCGGUUGUGGGAAAACGGUCAUGAUAGGUCAGGCCAUCGACUCAGUUGCCGCGCUGGAACAACAAGACUCUCUUUCCGCCUUUGCCUACUGUGACUUUCGUGACCCUGAUACACAGAUCUUGACCAAUGUAUUAGGAACAAUGCUAGCACAGUUGUGCGCUCAUUUGCAUGACCUCCCCAAAGAUUUAUCGAGCGCACAUAAGGCCAGCAUGGAACAAAACUUCGGAUACCCUCCGACUGUCGAGCUGCUAAGUGGUACCAUCGCGUCUAUCGCUGCAACAAAGAGGGUUUACCUCUUCAUUGAUGCCGUUGAUGAAGUCUCGGAUUGUAAGGCAGUAGCGGAGUAUUUGGCCAGCCUAAUCGAUCCCACAACAGCGAUCAAGAUCUUUGCGACAAGCCGCAACGACGUACACAUUCAACGGGCAUUUUCUAGCGCCCGACGCAUCUCCAUGGAAGAUCACUUAUCAGAUGCUGACGAAGACAUACAACGAUACGUCAGUUCACGACUCGAAUCCGACGCUGACCUGAGUUGGCUAUCUUCAGGGUUAAAAGAGAGCAUUCAGAAAUCACUCUUAUCAAGGUCCUGUGGGAUAACCAUUCGCGACAUCAAGAAGUCUCUGCAAAAGCUUCCAAAUGGGCUAGAUGAGACUUAUGGCCGAUCCCUACUGAAAGUGCCGCCCUCAGACAUCCCUCUCAUCCUGAAGACCUUGACUUGGCUUGCGUUCUCACCGGUACCCAUCACUCUACAUGAGCUAUGGGAGGCACUGGCCAUCGAGAAGGGGAACGCUGUCAUUGACGACGAAUCACGCCUUCGAAGUCCGCAAGACAUCUUGGUGAUUGGGAAAAGCCUCAUCACCGUCUCAACUGACGGUCAUGUGAUGCUUUCUCAUCUCUCAGUUCGAGACUAUCUCGUCUCUGCUGAGAUAGUCGAAGUCCCGGAAACCGCAAAGUUUUCCCUUCGUCCAGGUUCAAGCCAUCAAGAGCUAGCUCAGGACUGCCUUACCUACCUGUUGCUAUCGCCCUUUUCUGAUGGUCCCUCUAGUACCCAGAAGGAGUACCUGUCUCGACUGAAGCAGUUCCCGCUUCUCAAGUACGCAACCAAAUACUGGUUCUACCAUGCUCGCAACGCAGACUACAGUGAAGAGACCCAGGAACUGGCCAUGCGGCUCUGGUCGAAAUCUGGUCGGCAAAACUUCAUGUCUUGGGUCCAGGUCUUUAACGCAGAUGCCUCAUUCAAGUGGGACGUGUAUCCGCGACACGCUACAUCACUCUACUAUGCUUCGUCUAUAGGUCUAGAUGAGGUAGUGGAGACUUUGCUUCAGUCGGCAACACCCGAAAUGAUCAAUGCUCCGGGCAGCCGCUUUGGAGGAACGGCCCUACACGCUGCAGCCAUAAGAGAGCACAUCACGAUCAUUAAACGCCUCAUACUUGCGGGCGCUGAACCAGGCAAGCAGGACUUCAACGGUGUAUCGCCAUUACAUAGCGCUGCGAGUCAGGGCAGUCUUGAUGUGGUCAAGGUGUUGUUAAGCAACGGAGCUCCGAUCGAUGUGAAGGAUGGAAUGGAUGGAACUACUCCACUUGAUUGGGCACGUUUAAGUGGUCACGAAGAUGUCGCGAACCUUCUGCUAAAAGUCCUGGAAGAGUGCUCUCCGUCACGUCCUUCUUCGCUGGGAUCACCUUCUAGUACACAGGGAUCUCGCUCAACCCAAUUUUCUCACAAGAUCGAAGAACCGCAGGUGGGGGUCUGGCAGCCCGGCGUAGGUUUCUUUCCAGACUACUACGAAAAGCGAUCCGGACUAGAGUCUUCGCUUGUCCUGAGUAUAAGCAUUGGAGAAGAGACAUCGCAAGUCGAUGGCGAGUUCUUACAAUCUCUGGAGAAGACUGAGAAACCAAAUCCAGUCUGGUAA